AUGCAGCAGCCACGGAGACGGCAGCAGCAGCUGCUGGAGUUGCAGCAGCCACAGUCGCAGGAGGAGCAGCAGCCGUUCCUCGAGCAGCAACAGCAGGAGCCACCACUAGAGGAGCAGCAACACCAGCAACACAAACACCUCCUAGAUCAGCAACUGCAAGAGAAGCAGCAGAAGCAAUUACAAGACCACCACCAGCAGCAACAACAGGUGCAGCAGCGGGAACAACUACAACAGCAGCAACAGCAGCAGCACGUGCAGUCUCUGGAGCCUCGUCAUCCACCUGCCAGACAACAAGCAGAACCCCAUGAGCAGCUACAGCAUAUUGUGGGCCGGUUGCACAGGGAAAGCAUCCUAGAGGAGCAAGUGGAGCAACAGAAACUGCUCCUGGAGCAACAACAUGAGCAGCAACAGAUGUUGCUUCAUCAACAGCUACAACAGUUUCAACGUCUUGAACAGCAGGGAUUGAGCCUGGUAGAGCAUCAGCAGUUGGCCAGACGCCACUACAUAGAGCAGCAAACGCUGCUGCAGGAGCAGGAGCAGCAGAUGCGUCGACUGCAGUCCUAUCAACACGAGCAGGUGCAACAACAUGAGCAUCGUCAGCUGCAGCAGCAGCUGCUACGACAUCGUUCUUUCUGUGAGAAGCUUGGAACAGCAGGUUCCCGGCUGCAGCCUUCGGGAGGUCGUGGGGGUAGCCGCCGAAGCUCUAGCGAACUGCCAUGCGGCCUUGUUGCAGUGGGAACAACAGCUGCCGUAGCAGGAGGUGCUGCUGCUGUUACACAAACUCCUGCUAAAGCAGCGACAACCACUGCUAGGGCUUCCGACGCCACAGCACCCACUGCUACGGCAACAGCAAAAUCAACGGACACGGAGAGAACGAGAUUUCCCGCUGCAGCGGCCCAGCUGAUGAGGGGCUGCCUCUCCAAACAACUGUGUGGACCCCAGUUUUCAGAAUUGGCGCUGCUGCCUCGAUUAUUUCAUAUCCUAGCGCACCCCAGAAAAAUUAGAAGCAGCAGCAACAACAACAAUAAUGACUGGGUGACAGGCGAGAGCAACAACAGCACCGGCAGCGUCAGCAAUCACAGCACUGGCAGCAGAGAACUAUAUAUUCAGGCAGCGGAGGUGUUUGCUCGGGAGUUGCUGCGCCGCAGUGUGUUGCGCGACCCCAUUUCCGCCAUGAAGGCACUCAUAGUGGCGCAUAGGCUUUUGGCACAGGUUCCCGUCGAUGCCUUCCUUGGGUCCUCUCUACAAAAACUCCCCGGGCAAAUCCUCCGCAUUUGGUCGGCAACGGCAUUGCAUCCUGCAGCAGCAGCAGCAGCAGACGGGAACGUGGGUACAGCUUCCGCACGACCUGCGAUAGCGACGGCCAAAGCAGCAGCAGCAGCCGCAUCUACCGCUGAGGGUGCUGUUUGUGCGUGUGCUGAUUUCUUCGCGGAGAAACUGCGGCUUCAUCUGCAGCUGGUAGACUGCUGCACAGGGACUUGGUCGGUAUCUCGAUUUCUGCGCGCAAAUGGUGUGUCUCUCGAGACACUUGUGGCUUUUGAAGAGGAAGGUGUCGUCGCUCUGAAUGCAUCUGUUUCUUUGCAGUUGGUUAGUAUGCUACACCGCGCAUGCACUCUAUGUUUACUGCUGCUGCAGCAGAGGGGCACGAGCCUCUUUGCUGUGAGCAGCAUUUACUUGGUGCUCCUUGUCGAUGACAUUUGGGGAGUAGCUGCGCUGCUGCUCCGGCUGUUGCACGCACUGCUGCAGCGUUGUAUGCGCCCAGCAGUGGCUGCAAGUGGGGGCGCGGCAUUGGUGGCAAUUCUAGUUUCUCUUGCCAAUCCGCUAAAGGACGCCCUUAAGGAUAUGCAAUUAGCUGCAGAGAAGUGUGCUGCUGCAGCGAACUGCUGCUCGCUGUUGCAGCGCAUGCGCCCCCCACCACCUGAGACGCUGCUGCUUCUUGACGACUUGAAGAAGCAGCACCAACAGCAGCAACAGUCCUCGCGGCUGCUGCUGCCGCGGACUCAGCUGCUGCCGUACAGGCCUUCUUCUGCCGCACGGCGGUCUAUGCAGGCUGUCGCGCAGCUGCCAUUGCCAGCUGACCUGGAGGCCGUUGCUGCUGCUGCGUCGGCAGCGGGGAGAGAAGCGGCAGCAGCAGCAGCAACUGCAGACGGCAGGUGGAUUGAAUUUCUCAACAUUGAGGAGGUGUAUUGGCUGGUCAAGGGAACCUCGAAAGAAAUGGAACUGGUGCUGCAGGAGCAUCCCAGGUGCCAUCGCAGCAGAAGUGCUCGCAGCACCAGCAGCAGCAAUAGCAACAGCCCCAGUGGCCACAGAGUGGGUGUCAGCACCUGCCAGAGAACUGAACGCGAGCAACAAGAAUGUUGCCAGUGGCAAGGCCUAGCACCACAUCCUGCAAGUGAGGAGGCAGAGACUGCUAGAGCAGCAGUGCCUGCUGCUAUGGUUCCUGCAGAAUCUCGCCAUUUGUGUUUCAGCACCCAGUGCAGUAAAAGCUCACCUGCAGAAGGAGGGUCAGAUAAGACAGGCCUUCAAAACCACAAGCAGCACGCAGAAGACCAGCAACGGCAUGCACAGCAUCCGCUAUAUCAACAGCAGCAGGACAGGGAGAUCGCUGUAGGCUCGAUUGGAGGAGACUCUAGGGCGGCAGCAGGUGAUGCCGAAGUGGCAUUCGCCCCUCCGGAAGUUACACUAGUUGCCACUCGUGGUGACCCAAUUAGUGGUACUUCCGCUGCGCCUCCUGCACUAGCGGCACCAGCAGCUGCAUCUGCUGAUGCUGUCCAGGGUUCCCCAGCCGUUGCCUCCUUUGAUGCUGAAUUGCGGUCCCUUACUUGGGGGGUUCAUUCUCUGCAGCAUACAAUUCAGCAAAGAACGCAGCAACAGAAUGUUCUGCACCCGCAGGAGUGCCAGCAGGAGUAUUGCACGCAGCAUUACAUAAAACAGUAUGAGCUGCAACAGCAGCAAUGCCUGCAGCAGCAGCUGACGCAGCGGCAAUCAAUCCAGCAGCAGGAAUACCAACUACCACAGGAUCAGCAGCAGCAGCAGCACGUCGGUGUGGCACUGCAGCUACAACAGCUGCAACAAACAGGAACGCCGGUAGAGCAUUCGCAAUCGAGGCACCAGCAGCAGCAGCAACGGAAGCAGCAUUGGCUGCACAGCAGCGCAGUCGACACGUUGGGUCCUCCCGUUUGUCAGUCUGAGUUCCCACAGCAGGUAGCUUUGCAGCAGCAGCACCAGCAACUGCAACAGUUGCAGCAACAGCAGCCCCUUUUGCAGCACCCGGAUAUGCUUCAGCAGGCGCAGGUGCAGCAGCUUUGCCAGCAGCCUGUAAGUCAGCAAGAACUUCAACUGCAGCACCUGCAGCAGUACCAGUUGCAGCAACAGCUUCUGCUUCACCAGCAGACGCAGCCGUCAUUGCUACAGCAUCAAUCAUACUAUCUACAGGAGAACCAGCAGCUCUGCACGCAACCCCAGUAUCAGCAGCAGCAGUUCCCGCACCAGCUGCAGCACCUACUGCAGCUACAGCGGCAGCAGCAACAGCUACAGCAACAGCAGAUGCAGCAACAGCGGCUGCAGCAGCAGCUACACCAGCACCACCACAACCAGCUGCUGCAGCAGCAGCAGCAGCUGCAGCAGCAGCAGUUACAGCAGCAGCAGCUGCAGCAGCAGCAGUUACAGCAGCUGCAGCAGCAGCAGCAGCAGCAGCAGCAGCAGCAGCUGCAGCAGCAGCAGCUGCAGCAGCAGUUACAGAAGCAACAUCACCACCAGCUGGUACAGACUUCAGUUUGGCGCGGCAUGGUGGAAGGGCCGAGCUGGUCUGCGACGCCGCCCUCAGCAGCAGCAGCAGUACCAGCAGCAGCAGCACCUGGUGGGGCAAUAGCACUGGGAUGCGACUGUGUGGCUUGCCGCUGCAGCAUUGGCCGCAGCAGCUGCUGCUUGAGGGGUUUGAAGGCCAGGCUGGAGGCUCUUAAUCUUGGUGUAGACCCUAGGGAACUGAAGAUAAACUAUAGGAUCGGAAGUGGCGCUUCAGGGACAGUUCUGAAGGCAGCAUGGAGAGGCUGCGAUGUGGCAGUGAAGGUGCUACCGAUGGUGCAGCAGCACCUGUUGCAGCAGGAGCAGCAGCAAGGGCGGAGAGCGUCUGCUGCCGCUGCUGUGGCAGCUGCAGCAGCAGCUCGAGAGCUACAAAUUAUGAAGCGGCUCAGGUGCCCGAACCUCGUACUGCUAAUGGGAGCGUGCGCUCUGGAUGCCGACGGUGUGUGCAGCAGCAACGGUAGCAUUGAUGAAAGCAGCAGAAACAGCAGCAGCAGCCCCCUCAGUUCGAACAGUGCUGCCGAGCUGCUGGCAGCCAGCGGCUGUUGUGGUCCGGGUCUCGCUGUGGUGAUGGAGUUGUGUGCUGGGGGGAGUUUGUUUGGUUUGCUGCACGGGAAGCCAGAGGAUGCUCUUGCUGCUGUUGCUGUUGCUCCUUCUGAUGCCCCUGCAACUGCUGAGGCGGUGGAACUUUCCUUUUUUCCAGAGGGUACAGCUGCGAUUGGGAUGGCUGUUCCAUCGUGUGAUGCUGGCGCUUUUACAUCUGCGUCUGCUGUGGAGUCUAAGGCGCCGUUUCAAGACUCGCCGAUAGUCCCCCGAUGCGGCACCCUCGGCGGUACAACAGGCGCAGCAGCAGGUACCGCCCGAAAAACGGAGGCAAAAGAUACAAAGGCAAUCAUCUCGACAGCUACAGCAACGUAUGACGCCUCUGACUGCCGAAAACAACAAGAAUAUCAGCAGAAGCGCCGGCAUCAACAGGAGCAGGUGCAAGAGCCACAGCCGCUGCCGCAGCCCCCGCCCCAACUGCCUUCGCAGCAGCUACCUCCGCAGCAUCAGCAGCAGCCGCAGCAUCCUCACGAGCAGCGGCGUCGCUUGACUUGGGAGCAGAAGCUGAAGGUCGCGCUUGACGUAGCUCGGGGUUGUGCCUACCUGCAUGCAUCGCAGCCCCCAGUUGUUCAUCGGGACCUAAAAAGCCUCAACAUUUUGCUGGUCGAGAGAAUCACCAGCGACAAACAGAUGCCGGUCGCAAAGGUAGAAACAACCAGCAAGACAACUGCAACUAUGCUGCAGCCUUAA